CAUCCUUCCCUGUCUAAAGCUGCUGAAAAACAGGGGAGGAGGAGGAGAAGAAGAAGAGAGGCAGAGCUGCGGAGUGACUGAAACCGUUGGAUCUUCCGCACCACCUCAAUGCCAGUGCUGAAAGCAGGGAGCAGGCCACCAUGGGUGGGCCUCGCAGCUGCAGUGUGGGUCCAGAUAGCAUCAGGCAACGGCUACAACUUCCCUCUCUAUUCCCACUCCCUCAAAUCCGUGUUGGGCUACAACCAGCAGCAGCUGACGAUGCUCGGUGUCGCCAACGAUAUCGGCGAGAAUAUCGGCAUACUUCCAGGCAUCGUCUGCAACAAGUUCCCGCCGUGGGUCAUGCUUUCGAUCGGGACCGUCGCUUGUUUCGUCGGCUAUGGCGUCCUGUGGCUGUCCGUCAGCCAGACUCUGUCCUUGCCCUACUGGGUGCUAUGGAUCGCAUUAGUAAUUGCUACCAACAGCAGUGCAUGGCUUGGAACUGGAGUGCUUGUGACCAACAUGAAGAACUUUCCUCUCAGUAGGGGCACUGUUGCUGGCAUUCUCAAGGGUUAUGUCGGGCUCAGUGCUGCAGUCUUUACAGAAAUUUACGCAGGGGUGCUUCAUAACUCCUCCACAAAGCUCUUGCUUUUUCUUGCACUCGGGAUUCCUGCUUUAUGCCUGGCAUUGAUGUACUUGGUUAGGCCUUGCACCCCUGCAACAGAAGAUGACUCGACCCAACAUGGUCAUUUCCUAUUCACCCAAGUUGCCAGUGUUUUCCUAGGCAUCUAUCUUCUCACAACUACAAUUUUGGACGAUGUUCUCUCUUUGAAUGAUGCCAUUUCCUACGCAUUUGUGGGUAUAAUGGUUCUCCUCCUCCUGGCACCUCUAGCAAUCCCCAUAAAGAUGACUCUAUACCCAGCUAAUCCUAAAAGGUCGGGUAUAUUAAGCCAGUCUGCUUCUACGGACCAUCUAAUUAUGGAGGAACGUGAGUCAGACAAAAUGGAACCGUUGUUGUCUUCAUCAACAGCAAAUCUUGGGAGUUUCCUGGAGGGUGACGAUUCUUCUGAUUUGAAUAUACUUCUGGCUGAGGGGGAAGGAGCCGUGAGCAUGAAGAAGAAGAGGCGGCCUAAGAGGGGGGAGGAUUUCAAAUUCCGUGAAGCUCUCAUCAAAGCUGAUUUCUGGCUUCUGUUUUUGGUCUACUUUCUUGGGGUUGGCUCUGGUGUUACUGUUCUCAAUAAUUUGGCACAGAUUGGGAUCGCAGCAGGUGUGACUGAUACGACUCUCCUGUUGUCUCUCUUCAGCUUCUGUAAUUUUGUCGGCCGUCUUGGUGGUGGUGCUGUUUCUGAAUAUUUUGUCAGGCUGAAGAUGCUUCCUAGGACGAUUUGGAUGGCUGUCACACAAGUAAUCAUGAUCGUUGCAUACCUUCUGUUUGCCUCAUUUCUUAGUGGCACCCUUUAUGCCGCAACUGCACUUCUCGGCAUCUGUUAUGGUGUACAAUUCUCUAUCAUGGUGCCAACCGCCUCUGAGCUUUUUGGUUUGAAGCACUUUGGUAUAAUCUACAAUUUCAUGUUGAUUGGCAAUCCCCUCGGCGCUCUUCUCUUCUCUGGUGUGCUUGCAGGGUAUGUGUAUGAUAAGGAGGCACAAAGGCAGCAUGCCAGUCUUCUCCUUGGCACAAGCAGUUCAUGCUUGGGUCCCAACUGCUUUAGGCUCACAUUCUUCGUUCUGGCUGGGGUCUGUGGUUUGGGAGCCAUUAUAGGUGUAAUUCUAACAAUCAGAAUAAGACCUGUGUAUCAAAUGCUCUAUUCCGGGGGCUCAUUUCGGCUGCCUCCAAGUUCAGGUCAUUGACCGAUUCAUCCUUGUGUUGAAAGUUAGGAUGUUGGAGUAUGAGUAAUUCAACACUUUGUGAGGCGCGUGUGAUUGUUUUAAGUCAGUAAAUGUACUCUCGAAGUGCUCAAGCUUGGCCCCAAGAAGUUGUUUUCUUUGAUCAGGGGCUCUGGGGCCGAGUUCAGGUCGUAGACCGAUUCAUCCUCGUGUUGGAAGUUAAGAUGUUGGAGUAUAAGUAAUUCAAUGCUUUGUAUGGUGCGUGUGAUUGUUGUAAGUCAGUUUGUGUAAUCUUGAAGUGUUUGAGCCCGGCCACAAGAAAUGUUUUUCUUCGAUCUUGGACUUCUGAGACAGCAGUUCAGUUGAGAAGUUUCUUUUCACGUCUGUUCUAUUUUGAUAUGUCCUGAUUUUGGUCAGAAGAAUGCCAUGUAUCAUGUUGGAGACGGCUAAACUCGCUCUGGUUGAUGUAUGUAGUAUGUGAUUCUGUCAAGACUUUCAAGUAUUUCCUUUGUCAGAGCAUGGGAGCUAUGCUUCUUUGAGAUGGUAUAUCACUGAUCGGUGAUCCUUUUGUUCUGUAUUAACAGACGUGACUGCGAGCAAUAGUAUAUGUAAUGAUUUGAAAACAUAUCCAUUAUGUUACUAUAUGCAUCUUUAGCUAGCAUCCGAGAUGGCUUCUUUCUUUUGUAUGCUUCAAAAUCAUCUAAUAUUCGAACCACCUGUGAUAGCUUUGGGUGAUCCUUCAA